AUUUGAAAUCUAUUCCGCUGGAAGCGACUGCCCUCUUCAUUACCGUGCUAUCUCCCAAACGGAACGUUGCUGAUCUCUAACAUGUUUUAAAAUAUGACGAAAAUGCGCGUAAACUGUAUCGCUUUUGUUAUAUCUGUGCUAAUAUGUUGCCACCAUUCAUAUUUGAUCCGAAACACACCAGAUACAGACAAAUUUGCUGAAAGCGAGUCGGUAUUGGACCCACAUGGGGAACUCCUUCUCAAAUGGAGGGUUGACUACUCCGCGCGCAGGAUACUUUUCCAAUUGUCAUUAUCAGAGAAAGCCCCGUCUUCUAACUGGUUCGCCUUGGGGUUCUCGGACCGGGGCGAGUUGGAGAAUGCUGAUGUGUGCCUCCUCUGGACUGACUAUAGGGGCCACGAUCACUUUGAGGAUAUGCAUUCGGACAAAAUCGGGAAUUUAAUUAGAGAUAACAAACAACACUGCGAGGGAUUUCAACUGGACAGCAAAACUAGGAGCGUCUUCUUUGAGCGAAACUUCGAUACAUGCGAUCCUGACGACUAUAUAAUCGAGGACGGUACAGUCCACGUAGUAUGGGCGCGUGGUGACGACAAGCUAUUCUCAUCUCAAGGGCUCUGCUUGACGUGCACAACGCCACAGAACCAUGGCUUCAUCAGGGUCCGCCUGCUGACGCCGCCCGGCCGCAGGAAAGCCGAAGGUCACGAACUGCGCUUCACGAACAAAAACUUGAAAGUGCCCAGCGAUGACACUACCUAUUGGUGCAAGGUCAUCAAGUUACCGGACUAUAUCACACAAACCCCUCAUCAUAUUAUUCAGUUCCAAUCAACGAUCACAAGAGGGAACGAGGGGUUAGUGCAUCACAUGGAGCUGUUUUACUGCGACACAGAUCCAAAGAAGGAAAUCCCGUUGUAUGAAGGGAACUGCUUCGCCCCAGAAAGGCCAGAAAUCACCAAGACUUGUUCAAAGGUGAAGUCAGCGUGGGCGAUGGGGGCGCCACCGUUCACGUACCCGGAGGAGGCGGGGCUGCCGCUCGGCGGACCUGACAAGAACAAGUUCGUCAUGCUGGAAGUCCACUACAACAAUCCUGAAAUGAAAAAAGAUUGGGUGGACAGUUCGGGCAUUGUAGUGCAUGUGACAUCUAACAAGCGCCGCUAUGAUGCCGCUAUCAUGGAGUUGGGAUUGGAGUAUACUGACAAGAUGGCAAUACCGGCCGGCCAAAAGGCUUUCCCAUUGACCGGAUAUUGCAUACCGCAGUGCACUGGAGUGGGUCUGCCCGAGCUGGGCGUGGUGGUGUUCGGCAGCCAGCUGCACGCGCACCUGAGCGGCGCCGCGGCGUGGACGCGGCACGCGCGGCGCGGCGCUGAGCUGCCGCCUCUCAACAUCGACCUGCAUUACUCCACGCACUUCCAGGAGAUCAGGCUCCUACAUCGCCCGGUCACUGUGUUGCCGGGCGACUACCUAGAAACGACAUGCAUUUACAAUACGGUCGAUCGGGUAAACGUCACGGUAGGCGGACACGCCAUCACGGACGAGAUGUGCGUCAACUAUCUGCACUACUUCCCCGCCUCCGACCUCGAGGUCUGCAAGAGUGCGGUGUCCAACACCGCGCUUGAAAAUUACUUCAAAUUCGAGAAAAAAUGGGAUAACAUAAACAUCUCAUACACUUCCCCUCCCCGAGCGAAUUAUUUGGCUAUCCACCCUUGGACACCGUUGAGAGUUAAAUCGUUACAUUCGCUGUACGUCGAGUCUCCUAUCUCUAUGCAAUGUAACAAAUCGGAUGGCAAUCGAUUUCAGGGAAAUUGGGAAGGAUUGCCCAUUCCAAAAAUACGGGUUCCUUUACCGCCCGCGCCAAGGUUGUGCCCAAACAGUGGGCACGAAAAUUAUUAAAUUAAUGCAAAAAACAUACAUAAUCUAAUUUCACUAGUUUUAUAGUAAGGCUUCACUUACGAGUUGUCACGAAGUAGCGAUGUAGCCUUGGCUAUUAAUAAUAAUUCGAUAAAUUAUUGAUAUAUAAAUUAUUGAAAUUAUUGAUAAUUAUUGAAUUAUCGAUAUUGCUACCUCUUUCGCUUGCUACGAAAACGAAAAGGUGCGCGACAGUUCGCGAGUAAGUCGCAGCAUUAGUGGAAACAAAUAUUUAAUAAACUUCAAGAUGCAGUCAGUAUUGUUACUCUCUAUAAAGUAGAAUAUAAAAUUAAAAAUCAAAGCAUCAAAUGCUGCCAUCUAAAUAAAAGUCCAAAUUUACUUUUAUUUACGUUUAGUUAUUUUAUUUGUAUCGUUUUUUAUCUAUAGUUUGUGGUAAUUAAUUUGUGCAAUAAUGAAUUAUUGUAUUGUAUAGUUAUUUAUUACGUAAUUAUGUUAACUGUAAUAAUAAGCCUAAUUUUUGUGAUAAAAUUAGAAUAAUUAUGCAACUAUAUAAGUGAAAAGUCUCAUUUAUUGCGUAGACAUCAUAAAGUUUUAAAUAAAUAAACCUAUAUCUUCAAAAUUGAGGUACUUAUUUCAACUUUUAUUUCCAAUUUUGGAUCAACCGGCAUAACGCCAAUGAAUAGUGUUAUCUGUGACAUAGCGUCAUACAGGUCCUUCGUGUACACUGAAUCCUAUUCUCCAACUGACACAGAUCAUUCAUUCAGUAUGCAAAGUGCAAAACGUUUCCUAAGGACUUGCUACAAAAACUUAGCCUCAGUUGUGUACUAGUAGACUGGUGCCACUGUCUAUAUGUUCUACGUAUAUACUACAUCAGUACAUAUUGUAUGUGCCAGCUACGUAGAGCCAAUGUGAAAGAGAUAAUACGGCACAGCCGUGCCCGUGCUGUAUUAUCUCUCUUAGUCUGGUAUUAUACCGCAAUAUUUAGCAUAGUUUCUAGCAGCUGCAAACGACUGGGUAGCAAUGUUUAUAUCAAAAGGAUCGGACCCGUUCGCGAGCCCCGCGUUUGAAUCUAUGAAAAGGAUAAUACUACCUAC